GCUGGAUGGAAAGAAAAUCAUGCAACGUUUAUGAAUGAACUGAAAAACCUUCAGGCAGAAGGACUUACGACUCUUGGCCAAUCCCUAAGGACAGCUUUUGAUUUGUUAAAUUUAAAUAGAUUAGUAACUGGCAUAGACAACUAUGGGCAGGGAAGAAACCCUUUUUUCUUGGAGCCAGCAAUAAUUAUUACAAUCACUGAUGGGAGCAAGUUGACUACUACCAGUGGUGUCCAGGAUGAGCUUCAUUUACCUCUUAAUUCUCCUUUGCCUGGAAGUGAAUUGACCAAGGAACCUUUUCGUUGGGAUCAGAGACUAUUUGCUUUAGUACUGCGGUUACCUGGCACCAUGUCAGUAGAAUCAGAACAGUUGACAGGUGUGCCUUUGGAUGAUUCUGCUAUCACACCAAUGUGUGAAGUGACAGGAGGCCGCUCAUACUCUGUAUGCUCUCCAAGAAUGCUUAAUCAGUGUCUGGAAUCCUUGGUGCAGAAAGUACAAAGUGGGGUGGUAAUAAACUUUGAAAAGGCAGGACCAGAUCCUUCCCCUGUAGAAGAUGGGCAGCCAGAUAUAUCAAGACCUUUUGGAUCUCAGCCUUGGCAUAGCUGUCACAAACUAAUAUAUGUCAGACCAAAUCCUAAAACCGGGGUUCCUAUAGGACACUGGCCUGUUCCAGAGUCUUUUUGGCCAGAUCAGAAUUCUCCAACACUACCACCUCGCACAUCUCAUCCCGUAGUGAAGUUUUCGUGUACAGACUGUGAGCCAAUGGUUAUUGACAAACUGCCUUUUGACAAGUAUGAGUUGGAACCUUCACCGCUGACUCAGUUUAUUCUAGAAAGGAAAUCUCCUCAAACAUGUUGGCAGGUAUAUGUGAGCAAUAGUGCAAAGUAUAAUGAACUUGGUCAUCCCUUUGGUUACUUGAAAGCUAGUACAGCACUGAACUGUGUCAACUUAUUUGUGAUGCCUUACAAUUACCCAGUCCUCCUUCCUCUCUUAGAUGACUUGUUCAAAGUGCACAAAGCAAAGCCAACGCUCAAGUGGAGACAGUCAUUUGAAAGUUAUUUGAAGACAAUGCCUCCCUACUAUCUUGGGCCCUUGAAGAAAGCUGUUAGGAUGAUGGGUGCACCUAAUCUUAUAGCAGACAGUAUGGAGUAUGGACUCAGUUACAGUGUCAUUUCAUACCUCAAAAAAUUGAGUCAGCAGGCCAAAAUUGAAUCUGAUAGAGUCAUCGGAUCCGUAGGCAAAAAAGUAGUGCAGGAAACUGGAAUUAAAGUCCGAAGUCGGUCACAUGGUUUGUCAAUGGCACAUAGGAAAGGUUUUCAACAAGUUCUGCAGGGAAUUUCAGAGGAUGUCCCCCACAGGCUGCUAGACCUUAAUAUGAAGGAGUACACUGGGUUCCAGGUUGCUUUACUAAAUAAGGAUUUGAAGCCUCAGACCUUUAGAAAUGCUUAUGAUAUACCAAGACGGAAUCUUCUGGAUCAUUUAACAAGAAUGAGAUCUAAUCUUUUAAAGAGCACCCGCAAAUUUCUUAAAGGCCAGGAUGAAGAUCAAGUGCACAGUGUACCUAUAGCACAAAUGGGGAAUUACCAGGAAUACCUCAAGCAAGUACCUUCUCCACUAAGAGAACUUGAUCCUGAUCAGCCUCGAAGGUUGCAUACAUUUGGCAAUCCCUUUAAACUGGAUAAAAAGGGUAUGAUGAUAGAUGAAGCAGAUGAAUUUGUGGCUGGACCUCAAAAUAAACACAAACGGCCUGGAGAGCCAAACAUGCAAGGAAUCCCGAAGAGGCGCCGGUGUGCCUCUCCACUCUUGAGAGGUCGGCGGCAGAGCCCUGCUGUGAACAGUCACAUCGGAGGGAAAGGACCGCCUGCACCCAUGACUCAAGCACAGCCAGGUCUUAUUAAACCCCUUCCUCUGCAUAAAGAAGCCACUAAUGAUUCAGCAGUAGAUGAUGUGGUUGAAAAUCAUGUUGCAGACCAGCUUUCAUCAGACAUGACACCAAAUGCUAUGGAUACUGAAUUUUUAACAUCUCCAACCAAUCUUCUGGAACCAUCAACCAAUCAUACCGAGGCCCUUGGUCAUGAACAUUUAGGAAAUAAUGACCUCACUGUUGGUGGAUUUUUAGAAAAUCAUGAUGAGCCAAGAAAUAAAGAACAGAGUGCUGAAGAGAAUAUACCAGCAUCUUCACUCAGCAAAGUAAAGAAGCCGGUGCAUUGCAGAAGCCAUGAAGAGGUCAACACUGAACUAAAAGCACAAAUAAUGAAAGAGAUUCGAAAGCCAGGAAGAAAAUAUGAAAGAAUCUUCACUUUACUGAAGCAUGUGCAAGGCAGUUUACAAACAAGGCUAAUAUUUUUGCAGAAUGUCAUUAAGGAAGCAUCCAGGUUUAAAAAGCGAAUGCUAAUAGAACAACUGGAGAACUUCUUGGAUGAAAUUCAUCGAAGAGCCAAUCAAAUCAACCAUAUUAAUAGCAAUUAAAAGAAAAUAGAAUGUGGCCACUUAUUUCACUGUCUUCUCCAAAUACAAAGUAAAUACAAGACUGUUGUAAUCUUGCAUUCAUUCUUUGACAUGCAUUGUUGGCUAUUUGAAAUACUAAAACAGUCUACAGAUCCUUUCCAUCAUUUUACAGUGACCUUUUCAUUUUGGUUUUUAUUUUUGUAAUGUGAAAAGUAUCACUAUUUUUUUUUUUUAAUUUAACAAACUAAAACUAUUCUCCAAAUCCUCCGCUUGUCAUUGGCUCUUGCGUGUCAGUUUCCCUCAGGUUAUAUUUUCUUAAACCAACCUUUAAAAUUGUCAGCUAUGUUAAGGUUGAACUUUGCCAAAAAAAAAAAAAAAAAAAAAAAAACAAAGAAAAAAAAUUAAAAAGAAGUUACUUUGUAAUUUUUGGGGAAAAAAAGCACAUACAUUAAGAACUAGGUAAUGUUUUGUAUAUACAGUUAUUUUGGAUAUAUUAUUGUAAGUUGUACAAAUGUAUUUUGAAGAAUAUUUAAGAAAAGCACUUUUGUUAUUCCAUCAAUAAAUGCUCUAUUUUACUCUUGUGUGGUUUAGGAAAUAAUCACAUUUAAAGUAACUACUUAAAAAUAUUCUAAGACAAUGGAAUUUUAAAGGCCUUGCUUUUUAGCAUUGAAAAAACACAACUUAAUAUUUGUUAAACUAUUGUAAUUAUAUGUUACAUAACCUGCAUUGUCUUUUUUACUAUAUGCUCUUAGUUUUUGUUGGCUAUGCCAACAUACUCCACUCUUACCUGGAUGGCUAUGCCUGUGACUGACAGACAUGUUUUAAAAAAGAACUUUAAAAGUAGAUUACUUGGGGUAUUACUGUUUUUUUAGCACCCUUCAACCUUUUUCACAGGAUUUGGAUGACACUCAAGUUCAGCCAUUAGUUAGGGCAUGGAGGUUUAGGGUAUGUCACAUUCUGAAACAGUGUGUAGUAAUUUGGUCUCUGUCAUGCUUACAUGAGUUCGUGACAUGAUGAUUCAGAGGGGAUCUCUUGGUUCUGACACUGAGACUGUUGUUUAGAAGAUGACUGCUCAUUUUGUUUUCCCUUGAUUUGCAAACGAUAGGGAUAUCUGGCACUUAGGUUCUCCAUCCUCACAGGGCUGCACACCCUUAGAAAGGAUGCCACCCUAUGUCCUGACUCAUGCACACAUUCAUAGAUCACUGCUGUGCCUUUUAGUGGUUUGGGGGGAUCCAGUAGUGAAGGUUAGGAAUUUUACAUUUGGAAUAAUUGAGGUGGGAAAAGCUUCCAAAAUUAUUUUUUUAAUUGAAUUAUUUUUAGAUUAAUACUAUUUGGAAAUCACACACCCUUACAAGAAAUUGUAAAUACUUAUGAACGAAAGCAUACAUAGAAAGAACAUUCUUGAGAUUUGCUAUUUUAGUCAAGGGGAUUUGAAAGUCUCCCAAUACUGAAGACAAACCCUGUAAAGAAAAAGAAGCAUUUAAUGUGACUUGUAGUAUUUUCAUAUAACAGUUCAUUAAACAUUUCUUACCUCUUCAAAAUACCUGGAAAUAGUUGAAGAUGUAAUUUAGAGACGGAAUUAUUGAAAUAAUUGCCUGUAGUCACAAUGCUAAAUUCAGUAGGAACUAUACAAAAUCCAGAUUGACUUUGUGGUUGUGAAUUUCAUGUAUUAAGAGUGAGAUGAGUGGGAACACUGGAGUCAUUUAAAGAUACUUAAAGAUAGAAAUUAUAUAAGUCCGAGCAGUUGGGGAGCUGUCCUUGGAAGGGUCCUCAUUUCACAGGCUGCUGGUGGAACAAUGCUCAGAUCUUUUGUUUUUCCUACAUUUUACCUAAUGAACCAGCAAGGGAGUGAAAAUAAGAUUCUUCUGUCUCUGCUCACUGCCCCCCCUCCCCUUAUCUGCCUGGCAUAAUAGUACUCUUUACAUCUUUUUUUGGGGGGGGGCUCUUUACAUCUUAAUACUAAAACUUAAUAUCAAAACUAAAGCUUAAGAUCCAUCUCAGACUUUUGACUUUUAAAAAAUGGUGGGCAAGUUAUUAAACUAGUGAAAUUUCUACAGAAUCCUUGUCAGCAAAGGUAGGAGUGGGGGCGCAUCUGGGGGUCGGUAUUUUUAAGUCUUUGAGGUCAUGGAAUGAUGCUGUGCUGGACAGGUGGUACUCUCCAAAAGCUUAAUGUUGGAAUUUUUAGGUAAUUUCUCUUAGCGUUCUGUGUGUUCCAUUUGUUUUAACAGUGAAGGCUGAGACUUUUUUUGUUUUUAAGGUUUUUAUUCAUUCAGUGUUUUGCCUACAUGUAUUUACAUGUGCACCACGUGCAUGCCUGGUGCCUGUGGAAGCCAGAAAAGAAGGUGUCAGACCCCCUGGAACUGGAGUUGCAUAUUUUGAGUUUCCCUAUGGGUGCUGGGAGCCAUCUUCCGGCCCCAGCUGAAAGUUUAUAAUCCCUUCAGUAAUCUUAUCAGAAAAGUAGCCACUUUGCUUUGGGUAAUGUGAACAACCACUCUCUGGAAGGAAAGGAAAAGCCACAGGCACUAAGAUUUGUGGUGAAUUAGGGUACAAGUUUUUGAUUAGACCUAAAUUCUUAUUUUGAUUCCUAAAGCAGUUAAAAUUUAUACUCUGGAAAUUGUCAAGUGUCUUUUUCUAGUUCAACAACUUUACAAGGUUUUUCAUACAGUUGAAUUUCAAGAAUCUGUUACUUCUAAUUGUGCCCUUUAUUGCAUAUAAGCUUUUGUAGUGGCCCUUCCUAGAAGUUCAAGAUUAGUCCUCCCUCUUGGUUUGAGGGUUUAAAACUCCAUCUUUUUGUUGAUGGCUUCCACCCCUUCCUUCCCUCUCCCUCUCUCUCCCUCCCUCUCCUCCUCUCUCUUCUCUCUCUCUUGCUCUGAGUGAUCAGUGCCAUUUUUGUCUAUUCGCAGUCAACUGGGGUUGGGGUGAUCAUGGCGAAAUAUUAAGUGGACAUUUUCUGUUAUGAACCCUCUUCCUAAAUGACCCCCAAGUAGAUUAUUUCCAGGGAGUGAUUAUAUUCUUUUUAUCAUGAAAAAUGUUCCUUUGAUUUCUAGCACAAGUUAUGGCAGUAUACAAAUGAUUCUCAGAUAAAAUGAUGUUGACAGUAUUUCCUUUUAACAAUCUGUGUUAAACUAUGCUAAUUUUUAUUCUAACUAAUAUUUUUUCUUUCCAUGAAUAAAUAAUAUCUGAUGUUUAGUUACAGUAGAUCCACCUUGGCUUGAUUUUUAUUAAUCUUGUUUCAUACUGUUGUUUUAAACACUACUGAGAAUUGCCAACAACUCUUAACUGAGAAUCUCUUCCUUCUGAGGCCAGUAAUUGGGGGAGAACAAUUAAGGAAAAAAAUAAUUCAAAGACUAUUUUCACAGUUGCUGAAUUUUAGGGAUAUCUGCUUCUUCUGUUGUGCUACUUAGGCUAACCUCUGCCUGCCAUCUUUGCACUGAUAACUGUUUUGUAGUGGUGUGGAAAAGUACUAUGAUAAGUGUUUGGUUUUUGAGAAAGGCCUGCAACCAGCAUAGAAAUCUGCAUUGCUAAAAUGCUAGUAGUGUUUCUGGUGACUUCUGUGGCAUAUCUUGGCCUGAAGAAACCAUCUUUUCUAAAAUGAUAGGACAGCAACAAGGAAGGCAAGAUUUAAUUGAUUUGUGAUUUCAUGACUUUUUAAGUAUCUAAAGCAGACAUCUACUCAUCUGAAAAAAGUCAGCAUUAACUACAAAUAAAUAGAAUGAAAAAGUAAAAGCCAGAGGUUCCUUUGUACUUCGAAAUCACAGCAGCUAGGAAAACACCAUAGAAAGCACUAGAAGAAAUGCUUAUUUGAGUUAAACAUUAAUUUGACUUAAUGGAUAAGUAAAAUUAGAUUGCUAGAGAGAUGAAGAUAAAUGUCUGCAUCCAAAUUUUAAGAGUCAGUACCUGUGCUGUGUUCUCUCAGAAGAAAGAUGAAGGGCCGAUCUGCUUUAAAAGCAGGAGUCCGCGACCUCCUUAGCAGCAGCACAGCUGAGAAGAGAAUAGACCCUGUCACGUCUCCUGUCACUGCUCCUGUCACUGCGAAGCACAUACAGAUGUAGAUACACAGGAACUAAACUAUGUAUCUCAGUGACAUUUUACUGUGUAGUACUAUGAGAGUGCAAAUGGUGAAAUUAAAGAGGAAAGAUACUA